CAGUCGAAAUCAAACACGACCAGCUGCCGCUGGAUAUCUGAGACCAUGGGGUAUAUUGUAGGCCGAUGUCAAAAGUGAGCGAGCGGUAAAAGUCGUUGCCGCCACAAGCGCCAACUGGGUAACUUUGAAAUUGCGUUGGGUGGACCGGUGACAGUCUGCUCCCGAGACUCGGAUGCCAGCCAUCGUCUGCACUGCUAAGGCCUCGUACAAGAAGCAACUUGGCACCCUAGAAUUCACCGACACGCACCUUCAAUGGACGCAAGAUGGAAAGAAAGCACCCUCCGUGAAAAUUCCUCUGCAGGACGCUUCGUCCCUCUUUUGUAGCAAGGAAGGCGCAGCGCAGGUUCGCCUCAAGCUCGGUCUCGUCAAUGAUGAUGCGGGACACAACUUCACUUUCUCAUCCGAGCCCCAGACAGUGGCGCUGGCAGAAAGAGAGACUUUCAAGUCCGAGCUUACGAACGUCAUAAGUCGUAAUCGCAGUGGGACCGGUGCCGCCCCGCCCCCGCCUGGUGCAGUAACCCCAAAACCUCCGGUGACCGCCAAUACCUCUCUCGCAUCUUCUAAGCCAAGCACGCCCCUGACAGUACCAGUGUCCAGAGCCUCUGCCUCGAGAGCGACCUCUGUGGCGAGCGAUGGACGGUCACCCUUGAUACCAGGCGCAGACGCCGCCAGCGACUUCAGACUAAGAAAGAAAGUGCUCAUGUCGAAUCCAGAACUGUUGGCUUUGCACAAAGACCUUGUAAUGACAGGUCAAAUUACAGAGAGCGAGUUCUGGGAGGGUAGAGAGCACCUCCUGCUUGCACAGGCAGCCGUCGAGGCGCAGAAGCGAGGGCGACCGGGACAACUUGUCGACCCGCGACCCCAAACUGUCGAGGGUGGGGAAGUAAAGAUCGUGAUUACUCCGCAACUGGUGCACGAUAUAUUCGAAGAGUAUCCCGUCGUCGCCAAAGCAUACAGUGAAAAUGUUCCUAGCAAGCUAUCUGAAGCAGAAUUCUGGAAACGUUAUUUCCAAUCAAAACUUUUCAAUGCGCACCGAGCUUCGAUAAGGUCUUCAGCAACACAGCACGUCGUAAAGGACGAUCCCAUUUUCGACAAGUACCUUGAGAAAGACGAUGAUGGAUUGGAACCAAAACGGCCUCGCGAAGAAGUAGCGGACUUGUACAUCAGCCUUGGAGCUACCCUUGAAGACCAUGCGGAGACAGGAAACGAAAGGGAUAUCACGAUGCGGGCAGGUCGCCAGCGUGGUGUUCUUCCCCUCAUCCGUAAAUUUAAUGAUCAUUCCGAGCGGUUACUUAACUCCACGCUAGGAGACAGCCCCCCACUCAAGCGGCAGCGGGCUGAGGGUGAUAGCCAGGACAGCUUUUCUCAGAUAGAGUUGGAAGACCUCCGAGACCCCGAGUCAUCCAUCGGGAUCCUUCUUGAAAUGCAGGAUCGCCAGCGCUACUUCGAAGGGCAACUCAUGCGUGGCGUAGCAGCAGAGCAGGCACCGUCGCAGCCUGUGGAUGUUUCUGCAGUAUAUGCUAACUUGAGACGAGACCUGGAGGGUUGGGAUGUGCGCUUCAACCAGUUACGCCUCGAGCGGAAGGCUGCUGACACUGCUCUAUUGUCUAUGACACAAAAUGUGACGGCACGCCUCGACACGAAAACGAAGAAGAACAGCUUACCUCCAGCUCUUUUCCGCCAGCUUACAACAUGUCAGACUGCUGCGAACGAGUUCCUACGCCAGUUCUGGGGCGCGACGUGUCCUCCACCCACAGAUACUCCCUUCGCACCCUCUCCUGCCCAGCGUUCAGCCAAAGCAGCGAAAAUGGCGAGUUACCUUGCUGGGACUCGUGAAAAGGUCGAUGCCCUCGUCCGCGUCGCACAGGCUGAAGGUGUGGAUGGCACUGCCGUUGAGGUGGCGAUGAAACCUGUCCUUGAUGCAGUUGAGCAUGCGCUUGCGUUCUACCGCACGAAGAACCCUCCGAGGGCAACACAACACAAGCUCGCUUAAGACCAUGUUCCAAACGAGGCAAUGUAUUCAACCACGGGACAAAUCGAACAGUCUCACGUUGCCUUAACUCGCACGACUUAUCAUCAUUCCGUACCAAGCAUGCAUCAGUUCAUAACAACCUCAUCAUCAUUAUCCUAUCGUAGUCUAAUAGAUCGUAGGUGCAGUACGGGCAAGUCUUGCCCACUGCGUAAACUACCAUUA